AUGCCCCCCCUUUUCUCCCAACUCCCCCCAAACUUCCCCUCUUCCUCCAUCACCUUCCCUGGUACCCAUGAUCCUCAACCCUAAUGAAUCCAAACCUGUAUCUGAGAUCCUGUCUCAGAGGGAUCUCGGGACAGGAAAUGGGGUGGGAGGGGGAUGCGGAGCCUUGGCGGCUCCAGGGUGUCCUAGCAGGUGAGUGAGACAGCAGAAGGGGCAGAGCAGUUUCUUCAACACAAGGACCUGAGUUGAGACCCUGCCCAGCACUGCCACGCUAUCUGGGGAGUCCCAGAUGCCCUAGACUAUGCAGGUGAAUUCAUGUCAUUGAGAGUGUUCCUCUUCAAAGUUACCCAGACCUGGCAUCAGCUCACCUACAGCCUACGCUGCCUGAUGGACUCAGAAGACAUGCCUCUCGCUGUUACCAUUGUCUGCUAUGCCCAACAUCACACCAGUCCCAGCCUCAGCCAGAGUGACACCAUCAUGGCCACACUCCAUGAAUUGUUCCAUGCCCUGGCUUUCUUCAGACAGCCCUUCAAGAGCCAGGGUUUUAUGACAACUGUUACCUUUGAUGGCUCCCAGCGCAUGACCCAAUCAAUCACUCUUGAUGCCUUCAAAGAUUCAGGCUGGAAGCUCUCCUCAGACCACAUGCUGGAAGGCUGCUCCACAUAUGGGCCCUUUGCCAGUGGGAGUGAAUGCUGGAAGAAGGGAAAUGGAUUCCUGCCUGGAGCGGAGAAUCCCCGUGGGGAGAUCUGCCAUCCCUAGAGUUGUUGCUUCCUUGCCAACCUCACUUCACAGCUGCUUCCUGGGGAAAGGCAUCCCUCUCAGAGCCCACACCUCAAGGAAGCAGAGGUCACUGUCUGCUGCUCCUUCUAUCAAGGCACAGAGAGAGGAGCAUACAAAGUGCAGGUGGAGAAAUCACCUUGGGUCCCAUGCAGUCCAGGAAAAGCUAUUCAGAUACCUGAGUACAAUGGUCGUCUCUUCCAUCCCCAGGUGCUGUGUCAGACUAAGAACUCCCACUCAUGCUCUUACUUACCCACUUGUGACCUGUUAUUCUAGCUGUCUUUAGGAUUAGCUGGGCCCCCAGGCUACUCUCUGUGGAAAGAAGAGCAAGAAAAUCCGACUGAAGCAGCGCUACAGGCUCUGGUGAGCAGAGAAGACACUGGCAGGUGCUAUUUCCACAGCCCCUUGAUUAAUAGUCCGGUGUUCACUGUGUAUAUGCGGAAUUCCCCUGGCUGCCCAGGGUCUUCAGUUGGUUUGCUGCACAGGGCCCUGACCCCGACUCUCUGGAAGAAACCUCUAGAAGUUAUUGUGGAGGAGCCACAGAAUUACCGCAGACUACAGCCAGAUAUUACUGCUAUGUUUCUAGGUUUUGUGAUUACCUUGGAUCAUAAUCCUUCCACGACCCAUCUAGGCCUGCCAAAAGGACUCUGCCUAAUGUUGCUUAUCCCAAGCUUCAUGGCGCCACAGGGGGGGCCAGCUGAAGGAACAAGGGAGAUGUGGUGCUACCCAGAGCAUGAUAAGGGUUAG